AAUAUUAUUAAAGUCAGCAAUUAGCGGUGCGACGUCUUGCGUUUCCGCAUAGCUCGCUAUACAGAUCGCAUUGCUCACUACGCGGAACUAGUUCUGUUCUAGUUGCCGUAUCUGGAUCACAGAUGGAUCUAGCAUAAUAUGGUAGCAGAGCCGACAGCGGUUCUCUGAUUUGAAGUGAUUGAUCUGAUUUAAUUUGAUUUGUGUCAGGCAUAUUUGGCCUGUUAUCUGACGUGUUAUCCGUGACCAGUAAGGCACAGGUCAGUGUGACAGCAAAGUGCACACCACAAGCGGUGAAUUUCCUCCAUCGGACGCGGAUUACCAGCUUUGGUUUUCGGUACAGCGUCUUCAGCGAAGACCUGUGCUGUUCCUCAGCUGUGAAAGAGUUCAAGAGUUCAGUUGACAGUGUUCCUCGGUGCAGAGUCUUCAGCGAAGACCUGCGCUGGUGUCACUGUUGCUCGGCAAGGAUUCAGCGAAUCCUAAGCCGUGGGCCACAAGCGGCGAAGCGCCAAAAGGGGUGCACGGGAAAAGACAGAUCAGACUCCUCCAAACUGGUUGUAGAGCACUAUCACUGUUGCUACGGCAGUCAGCCGGCACAGUAACUGACUAAAAGCGUGCGGCACAACCGUUACGGUAAAACCGGCGGCACCGCGGGAACGGAACGUGGAGAAGAUUCUGGAUCAUUGGGAUCAUUUUCUCGUGGAAACGGACGGUUAACAGGUAGAAAACCGUUAUUAAUUACGGGAUUGGUUAGUUGCUAAAAUUUGGCAAUUUUCAUUGGUCUAUACUGAGCUGAGUGUAGAAAUAGGCGGAGUUUUGCACACGGUGCGCUAGUCUGGUCAUUGACCGUGACGUCAGGUGGAUAUAAAUUUUUAACGGACUACCAUGAUUGGUCGGCUAUUUUAACUGUGAUUGGUCGAAAUUUGAACUGAAUAUUUUGAACUAGCAGACCAAUAGGAAUGGAGUAAACAACUUUAUUGGGGAUUUUCCAUUGAUCUGAACGAGAACUGAGAAUUUUGAACUGAGACGAGUUAUUUGAGCUGGGAAGUGACCUUUUGAGUUGAGAUGAGUAGUAAAGUGACCUUUGAGAUCAGAAAGUGACCUUUGACAUUCGAAAGUGACCUUUACUAAAAAGUUCCAAGUGACCUAAUUGACUUGAAAAGUGACCUUUUAAGAUCUGAAAGUGACCAAUGGUGACCUUUAACGAAACGAAUUUAAGUUUCUGAAUAUUACAGUGAUAUCGACAGCUGUAGAAUAUCGUUUUCUGGAUGUGUCCUAAAUUGUAAAACGGGUUUCGAAGUUUUGCGGGAAAAGUGACCUUUAGGGCAAACCUCUCGAACUUUUUGUCCAAAAAGUGACUUUUAACAAGGACUUAGUCAAAUUUUUUCAACCAAAAAGUGACCUUUACGAAGGACUUAGAAAAAUUUUGCGAAGUAAAAGUGACCUUUAGGAUCUUUGAACGUACCGUACUAUAACACGUGUUCGAGAUAUAUUGACAGGGACGUCCUGGUUAUCCGAUCAUAAUGGAAGACAAAGAGGAACCGACAUCUACCGGCAGUCAGGGAAGCCGCGGCUCCCGGGGUUCACAGCAAGGCGCACCGAACCCGUACAAAAAGGAUUUACACACAUAUUCACGUCCAGUUGGACAUGAGCGGAACACUCGAGCGCCUAAGGCAUUCGAGAAGAAGGAUUCGCGAGGCUCUGAUAGCACUUAUCAGAAGGCGCUCGAGGCGGUCGCCAACCAGGAAAGCUCCAAUGACGACCAGAAGCAGAAACAUACCCCCGCGUCUGUGGCGGGAGAUAGCAAUGCGCAUCACACAAAGGUCACAGAAGGAACUGAAGCAGUUGGCACAUCACAGUCGGAUGUAGCCGUCGCUAAAACGGAUGAGCAGGAUAAAGGGGUGACCCUGGCUCAAACGGAAGGUGGAAACACAAAGGUCACCGAGGAUGAACUGAGGGAACUCGGAUUGGAUGACCUUUCACUCAACAAUAAGACGGUUGGUGAUGACCUUUGGGCGACUCCAAUGGCAUCGGAUGAAUCAAAUGAAUCAUAUUUCACGGACGAUGAAACGACAAUGAAUAUGUCCUUCCAAAACGCAAUGAAAGAAGCCGACCGAGCAGAAGGGAUGACCCCGUUUAAGGACAUUCCAGAGCACCUCAUUGAACGGACACAAACAGGAAAGGUCAUCAACGUUCGAUCACCUUCACCGAACAGUCCUACGUCAACUCUGAGGAGACGCGUCCAGGAAUUGGAAAGCGAACUGAACACUAAGGAAGGUCAGGCAAUUAAACGGAAAACAGAAUACCAGGAGAGAUUGGUAUCAUUCGAGACCCGCUUGUAUGAAUUGGAACUUCAAAAAGGUGACCUCGAGAGUGCAGCAGACGAAUGGAAGGUUAAAUACGAAAAACAGAAGGAACUAGCGGAGGAAUAUUUGAAAAUGGCAGAUGACAGAACAAUGGAAGGUCAUCUUGCCGUCAGUGACCUUAACGAAAGUAUGUCAGAGGAAUCGGCAGAAAGGUCACGGCACUUGGCAGAAUUGAUGGCUGAAUGUGACCAGUUGCGUCAAAAGGUCACUGAAGCUGAAACUAAACGGGACGAGUACGCGACCAAAUUCGCAGAGGUCACACAACGGUUGACAACAUUGGCAACGGAGACGUUCAAGCUUAGGAACGACAUGAAGCUACGGGAGGAAGCUAUCAGUACUCUGCAACACGAAUCGAAAGGUCAUCAAGAACGCGCCGAUGAGGCUGAGAAGUUGCGCAAUGAGGCAAUUAAAGCAAUGCGCGAAGCGAGAAACAUCACAGCGACAGAAGGAGAAAGAUUGAAGGAAGAGAUUAAAAAGGUCAAUGAUGAAAAUGAAAAGGUCACCGCAGACAUUCAAAAGGUCACCAAGGAGGGACUUAAGUGGCAAAAUGAAGCACGACGACUGGACACAAUGGUCACAGCGUUAGAACUGAAAGAUAAGGAAUCGCAACAGCAGGUGGCUCAAAGGAAUCAGGAGAUUACAAAGCUUAAUACCGACCUGGUGGAAAUGACCACCACAGCAUUAGCGAAGGACGAUGAGUUGAUUGCGAUCAAGAAUCAACUGAGAUCAGCAGCCGAAGAAUACCAGAAACUCGAGGGGGAUGUGAAACAGUUGACCGAACAUAUCAACAAAGCGCAAGAAGAAAACGCAAAAGUGGUACAAAGGGAGACUUUCAAAUGGCAGGACCAUACACGAAAGGUCAAGCAAGAGAAUACGGAGUUGAAGUUAGAGCGAGAUGACCUCCAUUUGAAAGUUAGACGCCUCGAGGACGAAAACAAGGCGCUCCAGACGUCGAACAAGCAUAAGGAUGAGCAACUCCUGCAGCACGGAGUUAAAACGGCAACAGUGGAGUCUCCGCCGCCCAGUUACAGCAAUGCGCAUGAAACGGGCAAGAGCUACCACUUCGAGAUGCCACUACGAACUGGCACUGGGAAAGGAAGUGUCAAAACGGAAAGAGAUGGCGACAAGGCAAACGGGGAUAAGGAUCGGCUAUCAGAAGGUCACAGUCGACCACCGAUCUUCGACGGAACCUCACACUUUGCUCGUCACAUGGAAACAAAGGUCAUCGAAGAUGAACAACGACGGGAUGAACGACCCGCAGACAGGAGCAAGAAACACGAUCUGAAAAGAAGGCAGCACGGCGUCGUCGAUAUAGCGAUGACAGCAAUAGCUCUAGUGACGAAGACAACAACCAGAAAUCAGCAAGGGAAUUGGCCAAGGCACUAAACU